ACGUGACCAAGAGCUGACGUGUGCAGAAGUCCUUCUUGUCCUGGUCGUUGUUCCCGUCUGAGUACCAGCUCCCUAUUGCCCUGAGGGCGGGCGGGCCUGCGGCAGAGGGAAGAGGAGGAGGAGAAGGAAAUUGUCCCGGAUCCCUGCAGGUUAGUGCCUGGGAGAUUCCAUACAGCGGGGGUGGCCGAGGGCGUAGGGCGGAGACCGUCGCGGGUCCUGAGGCGCCUCCGUCGUCUCUCCCACUCGCUGCCCGCUUUCCAAGACAUAUGUCCCGCCUGCAGCCCAUUUCGAUCAUGCAAAAAGUCUUUCCGUAGGUUGCGGUACAACACCCGGCAAGAGAAGAGGAAGGAAAUUAACCCCGAUCGGUGAAGGUCGAUUUGAGGGUCUGCUGUAGCAGGUGGCCCCGCUUGAAGCGAGGGAGGAAGUUUCCUCUGAUCAGUAGAGAUUGGAAGGUUGUUGGGCGUGGCACACCUCCAGGGAAGGGAAGAAGGGGUAAACUGCCUAUCUUGAGGAGGUCCAUCUCCAGAAUCAGCUAUUGUGGCCUUGAAGUGGCUGAAGACGAUCACCCUUCACAGACCUGCACCCAGGCACACAGCCCUCUUACCACAGCCUGAGUGACUACUCUAUUCCUUGGUCCCUGCUAUUGUCAGGGACGAUUGCAUGGGCUACGCCAGGAAAGUAGGCUGGGUGACUGCAGGCCUGGUGAUUGGGGCUGGUGCCUGCUAUUGCAUUUAUAGACUGACCCGGGGAAGAAAACAGAACAAGGAAAAAAUGGCCGAGGGUGGAUCUGGGGAUGUGGAUGAUGCUGGGGACUGUUCUGGGGCCAGGUACAAUGACUGGUCUGAUGAUGAUGAUGAUAGCAAUGAUAGCAAGAGUAUAGUGUGGUACCCACCUUGGGCCCGGAUUGGAACUGAGGCCGGGACCAGAGCUAGGGCCAGGGCAAGGGCCAGGGCUACCAGGGCACGUCGAGCUGUCCAAAAACGGGCUUCUCCCAAUUCAGAUGAUACUGUUUUGUCCCCUCAAGAGCUACAAAAAGUUCUUUGCUUGGUUGAGAUGUCCGAAAAGCCUUAUAUUCUUGAAGCAGCUCUAAUUGCUCUGGGUAACAAUGCUGCUUAUGCAUUUAACAGAGAUAUUAUUCGUGAUCUGGGUGGUCUCCCAAUUGUUGCAAAGAUUCUCAAUACUCGGGAUCCCAUAGUUAAGGAAAAGGCUUUAAUUGUCCUGAAUAACUUGAGUGUGAAUGCUGAAAAUCAGCGCAGGCUUAAGAUAUACAUGAAUCAAGUGUGCGAUGACACAAUCACUUCUCGCUUGAACUCAUCUGUGCAGCUGGCUGGACUAAGAUUGCUUACAAAUAUGACUGUUACUAAUGAGUAUCAGCACAUGCUUGCUAAUUCCAUUUCCGACUUUUUUCGUUUAUUUUCAGCAGGAAAUGAAGAAACCAAACUUCAGGUUUUGAAACUCCUUUUGAAUUUGGCUGAAAAUCCAGCCAUGACUGGGGAACUGCUCAGAGCCCAAGUACCAUCUUCACUGGGUUCCCUCUUUAACAAGAAGGAGAACAAAGAAGUUAUUCUUAAACUUCUGGUCAUAUUUGAGAACAUAAAUGACAAUUUUAAAUGGGAAGAAAAUGAACCUACUCAGAAUCAAUUCAGUGAAGGUUCACUUUUUUCCUUUUUGAAAGAAUUUCAAGUGUGUGCUGAUAAGGUUCUGGGAAUAGAAAGUCACCAUGAUUUUUUGGUGAAAGUAAAAGUUGGAAAAUUCAUGGCCAAACUGGCUGAGCAUAUGUUCCCAAAGAGCCAGGAAUAACUCCUUGAUUUUGUAGUUUAGAAGCAACACACAUUGUAAACUAUUCCUUUUCUCCACCUUGUUUAUAUGGUAAAGGAAUCCUUUCAGCUGCCAAUUUUGAAUAAUGAGUAUCAUAUUGUAUCAUCAAAGCUAAUAUUUAACCAACUUGGUCUGCAGGUUUAAGCUGGAUUAAUGAAUAUCACUACUUGUUCUGAAAACAUGUUUGUUGCUUUUUAUCUCGCUGCCUAGAUCGAAAUAUUUUUACUAUUUCCUCUGCAUAAGUGACAGUGAAUCCAUUCUUCAUAAGUAAGCUCCCUUUUGUCACUUGCAUUGAUUUCAUUUGUGUAUCAUCAAUAAAGUUGUGUGUUAAUGCUGGAAAGAAAAAAAAAGAAAGAAGAAAGAAAGAAACCAUCUUUGUCCUUCAGUUUAUAAUCUAGUUGGAGAGAUAAGAAACAUGCAAACCAAAAGAUAGCUGAGAAUAUCUGAAGCGUACACUCACUAUCAGAUAUGUGCUCUCACAGCACAGAGGAGGCAAAGGCUUCUGUGGGAUGUGCUAGUCAGCUAAAGCUUCGUGGAGCAGGUGGCCAUUGAAAACGAGUCCUGAGUGGAGCAGGGUGGUUAGGGCAUUCCAUGGGACAGGAACAAGGAGAGAAUGAUAUGAGAAAGGCACAGAGGUAGGAACCCUCUUCGUAGGACAGUCAGGAGACAAAUCUGCUUAGAGUGGAGAGUGUGAGGAGUGAGAGUAAAUACAUUUGGAAAGCUGGGUGAAACCAGCUGUGGGGAGCUGUUUGAAUAUUAUCCCAUCGAGCACUGAGAGCCAAGAAAUAUUUUUUACUAGAAAAUAUUUGGGAUCCAUUAAAAGUCCCUCUCUACUAUGGUGCAGUGUCAAUGAGGGUGUGCAAAAUGGAGCCGUUCAAAACCCUGGCCAUUUGGUAAUACAUAUGAUAAGCCUUAAAAUAUGUAAGCCCUUUGUCCUAAGGAAGUAAUUAUAUAAUUGGCCAAAGAUUGUAUGUACAAGGCUGUUCAUCCCAAGCAUUAUCUACAGUAGUAAAAAUUGGAAACAACUUAAGUAUCUAUCUAGCACACUGGAUUGGUUAAAUAAAUUAAGGAAUGGUCACACAGUAGGAUAUGAUAACUAUGCUGAUGAAAAUCUAUAUUGCCAGGAAAAGCUAUUCAUCAUGCAUUGUGAAGUAAGAAAGGUAGGCUACAAAGCAGUAUUCAGAGUAUGAUUCCAUUUUUUUGAGAAUAAUAAAACAUAUGUUUAAAAAAGACACUAAAAUCUCUGGAAUUAUAGACAUCCAAAUAGUAACAGUAGUUGUCCCUGGAUGGAAGGAUAAUGAGUGAUCUUUGCUUUUUUGCUUUUUAUUCAUCUAUGUGUUCUUAUUUAUCUAAAAUGAAUAUUGAUUUUUAGGAAAUAUUUGAAAAAGUGUUGGAAAUGAAGCAGGUGAUUCAUUGGAGCAUGUACUGAGUCGAAGAAAUAUUUAGAUUAAAAAUGAGGUGGGUUGAAGUCUCUUCUCCUAAAUGAUAGAUAAGUGGUGAAGAUCGGGCUUUUCGUGAGGAUUAAAUGAAGUAAUAUGCAUAGUACUUACAAUGUUCUGGCACAUAGCAGUUAAUUAAGAAAAGUGAGCACCCUUAAUUAUCUAGAAUGCAGGGUUGAUAGCUUUUUGGUUGACCUUUGUUUUGCUGAGGUAUUCUGCUAUGUUUCAGUGUCAUUUAAUAAAUAAUAAUAACAAUAAAGGUUCCCAUUUAUUAAGUGA